CUUCACCUGCCUUAGUUGUAAACAAACUUUGGUGAAACGAAGACGCACGGGUCAUCUCGGCAUUCUUAAACACCUGAAAAGACCAAAAACUAUUUGCAUAUUAGUGAAACAAUCCUUAAAAGAUCGUACCAUGAGAGUGCUGGUGACGGACCUAGAGGCCGACACUGACGGAGCGAGCGAGUGGUGAGGCGACGGCCGUGAGAGCUCGAGCACCCAGGUCGUACCCGGCCGGUCUGGGCAGGUCAGGCGGGCGGCUCCUGUGCCCUUUCCCCUUAUCCCCCUCCCAUACCCCUCUCUCUGCUCCUGCAAUACCCGCCAGCCGUUUGCAACAGCCAGCCACCAUGCAGGGCAAGACCAACGCGCCGGCAAGGAUCAAGUCCGAAAGAAGUGUGGUGUUUGACCCGAACAUCACGAUGGUGGAGGCGGGUCCGGCUCCAGACCAGGAGAACAACACAGCCAAGUUCGUGAUCGGUGCCAGCGAUGAGGACUUCGAAGAACAGGAGACUCUGCAGCUGCCGGCCCCUUCGUGUCGGCCCUGGCCAAUGCCUACGGGUUUCGCGUCGUGUGCAUCCUGGGCGCCAUCAUCUCCUCGCUGGCUUUCGGAAUCUCCUACUUCGCCACCAGCAUCUACUUCCUGCAAUUCUCCUUCGGUAUUCUGGGAGGCAUUGGCUUCGGGUGCAUCUACGUGCCAGCGGUGAUCGCGACCGGCUUCUACUUCGAGCCACCUUCAUCUUCGCGCCCCUCAAUGCCAAGCUCAGCGCCAGCUUCGGAUGGCGCUACACCACCCUCGUGUAUGCCGGCAUCAGCCUCUCGUGCGCCGUGUUCGGCCUGGCCUUCAGACCGCUCAAGGCAGGACCCGCGCCCGUGGACGACGACCUGGAGCCCCAGGGGACGCCCCUGCUCAUCAGAAUAAAGCGGGCCAGGGACGAGCAGCUCCGCCAGUGCGCCUCCGCCUUGUCCAUGACUUCAAUGAACUCUAAAACGCAAUCAAAAUCCAAUCUGGAGGAAAACUUAACAGCGUACGAUGCCAAGGGAAGUGCCGCCGUUGCGAAGGCCUUCCUGGAGCGCCACGGAGGCAGCGCGCACAAGAGGUACAGCUUCCCGGGCAUCGUCGUCACAAACCCCGACACCAUCAAGGAGGAGACGGAGACCCCGCUCAUUGAUGGCGAGACAGAGGAGGGCAAGCAGCUGGAGAACGGCGCCGGAGCGAAAGUGCUGGACAACAACAAAAACGAGACAGAACUGAAGAACAUGCUCAACGUCACAGAACAAGAGAAUGAUGCAAAGACGCCUGGGUACCCACGCAACAAGAGCGCGCCUGCAUUGGCUCAACCCAACUCCCUUUUGGCUGAACACCAUCGUCGUCCGUCGAGGCUUGCCAUGAGAACGGAGACUGCCAGGCCAUUCUACCGUGAUGACAUUUUCUACUCAGGGUCUCUGUUGCGUCUCCCAGAAUAUAAAAGCUCUGAUACAGUGGACAAAUACCAUCAGUCUGUCACUCAACUCCCACCCAUGGAAGACAUAGCAGAGGAGGAGGAGGAAAGCAGAAUGCGCUGCUGUCCAACUGCCCUUACCAACGUCAUCUUCAGAAUUUUUGACUUCUCCCUCUUGGCUUCUGUUACAUUUGUUGUGCUGGGAAUCGCAGGGUUCCUGUCCCUCAUGGCUCUGUUUGUCCCCUUCAUGUUCCUGCCUGGUUUUGCUGAAUUACAAGGUGCUGACGAUGGUUCCCAAGCCACUCUUGUCUCUACCAUUGGCAUCACAAACACCUUGGGCAGAAUUAUCUGUGGCUGGAUUUCAGAUCACCCCAAGGUUGAUGCCUUACAUGUCAAUAACUUCUCCCUCAUGAUUGGUGGAGCUGCAACAAUGCUCUUGCCAUUCAUCUCGGAUCAGUCCCUCCUCCUAACAUAUUCCGUGGCCUUUGGUGUUUCAUUUGCUGCAUUUGCCUCUCUACGUUCCAUCCUUUUGGUAGAGUUACUUGGGCUUGAAAAACUGACAAAUGCAUUUGGCCUUCUGCUGCUGUUCCAAGGCAUUGCAGCUCUUGUGGGCAGUCCUGUGGCAGGUGCAUUCGUCGAUGCCACCCAGUCAUAUGAUGUGACCUUCUAUGUGUUUGGUGGAAUAUUUGCACUGUCGGGUCUCAUGUGCAUCCCUCUCCGUCUUAUCAAACGAUGGGAGGACACCAGAAAGGAAAAGAAACUCCAGGAAGCCAAUGAAGAGAAAGCUUAAAACAAAUGCAAGUGAUGAUGAAUUUCUGGACAGUAUUUAA